AUGGAUAACACAGAUUUAAAAAAUUUAAUUUAUGAUUUAGUACUUAAUCAAAAUUUUCUUACUUAUUAUGAAUUAAAAUCAUAUCUCCAAAAACAUGAUAACACUAUAACGGGUGAUGAUAUGGAUUAUUAUUAUCCAUAUUAUAAAAAUGAAAUUUUGAAAUAUCAUGAUAAAAUAAUUUCUAAAAUUAAAGACAAAAUUAAAAAUAAUGAAUAUACAAAGGAAAAAACUAAAUCACAACUUAAACAGUUGAAAGAUUUCAAAAAUAAAGUAUUAACAGAAGAAGAUAUUGAUGAAUUAUAUAAAUUAUAUAAUCCUGAGCCGCAAAAACCAAAGGAACAAAACGUCCAGGUCCUUCAGACCAUAAAUGAAGCACAAGCUUUAAUUUAUGAUUCAUUAGUUAAAUCAUAUUCAGCCCAACUUUUAAAUGAAGAUCAACUUUUGGAAUUCAUCCUUCAACAUAAACUCGAAGCGGGAAAGUAUAUCAAACCUUUAUAUACAGCAUAUUUAAAACAAAUGAAUAGAAUACAUCCAGAAUUAAUGAAGGGGGAAUGA